AUGGCCGACGCGACGCUCGACGACGCCGCGCGCGCGCUCGAUCGACACGCGCGCGCGCUCGCGGCGGCGGACGUCGUCGAGCGCGCGUCGGGACGCGUGGACGUGUCGAGCGACGACGCGCGAAUGAUUCAACGACGACGGACGCGCGACGCGUGCGUGGACGCCCUCGACGCCGCGGAUCACGUCCUGGACGACGCCGAGCGCGCGCUGGCGACGGGCGGUGGCGACGCGCGCGCGGUGGAGCGGUUAAAGGCGCUGCGGACGCGGGCGAGGGACGGACGCGCGGACGCCGAGGCGUUCGGACGCGGCGAACGCGUCGCCGCGCUUGGGGGGGUGUGCGCGCCGCCGAGGGUAGUGGAGAGCGUCGACGUGGGCGUGGAGGGACGUGGGACGUCGAUCGGAUCGGUGUUUCGCGCGUUGGCGGGACGGAUGGGUACGGCGGCGGCGACGACGCGCGCGGGCGACGGCGACGGGCGGGCGGGCGACGGCGACGGGCGGGCGCGGUAUUCGAGGCAGCAGCGCGAGAGAGAGGCGCACAGCGGGGUGGAGACGAGAGGUGUUCGACGCGGUGAGGCGAGCGAUGGCGCGAGCGGCGGCGCGUCGGGGUUCUCGGGCGACGGCGCGACGCGAGGUACGUGGUUCGCGGGCGCGAAGGAGAGCUUGGCCAGAGUGGACAUCGCGGGCGGCGACGCGCCUCGCGAGCGACCGGCGUCGAGGGUCGAUUCGGAAGCCGCGGAUCGAGACGAACUCUUCGGCGGCCGAGCGCGCGCGACGUCGACGUCGACGCCGUCGCGCGUCGCGGACGCCGCGCGCGGAUACGCCGCCGAGCGCGACCAAAGGCUCGACGCUUCGCGCGGCGCCGCGCGCCUGGACGCCACGAGCGACGUCCUCGCUCAGUGCGCCGACGCACUCGCCGACACCGAGAGCGUGGGUGCGAGCGUCUUGGCCACGCUCGCCGCCCAACGCGAGUCCCUCGUUCGCUCCGGGACCGCCGCGCGGCGCGCGACGCGCGACGCCGACGUAAAUUUAAAAAUCGUCACGGGCAUGAACAGCUGGACCAGGCUCGGGCGGUGA